CGCGCGAAAGCAGAGAUGGACGCGCUCCAUGGCGCCGAGGACGACGUCGAGAAGAAGCGCCACAUGAAGAACCCAUGGAAGGAGUCGUACCAGUCGCUUCUUGGCUCUUCCUUCGGACCUUCCAGCGACAUGGCGCCGGCGCCGACCCAGGAGCGCCAGCGUUCCGUCGACCUGCAGCAUGGUAACCUCGCCGGCAAAGUGACAUGCUACAUGCACAUUGUAUCGUAGAGAUCAGCAAGAGCUCGCUGAACGUGCAUGUCCGAUUGGAGCUUUUGCAGCGCCAGAUCGACGACUUGGCGAAGGCCAGCACGAAUAUGGAUUCCCUACUUGGCAAGAACCCGAUGAAACGCGCCCCAAGAAGUAGUGCAGGUCAGCAUGAGAGCGCCGCCGAGCAAGUCGAACCCGACGACGCCAGCUUGAUCGAUGCCCUCGCGGUCAUGCUAGCAUCGUGGCAACAAGCUCUGCACAUUCCCAGAAUCGAUUGGGGACAAUUCCAGGGCCUUGCUCUCGACGAUGCCCAGUUCGAUCGACCGAAGCCGUUUACCGACUGCUUUAAGGAGGUUCCCGAGUCUCAUGACGCGGGCAAAGAAGCUUUCUUCGUCAAGUGCUUGAAGAGCAUCAAACCCUUUGUCAUGGACGACUUUGUCCAGAUCAACGACAGUCUCGACGACGAUACGGUGAACGAUCCAAUGGGGUCGAUAGAAAUGGACUAUGACAUGCCCGACCCGCUCGACGCCGAUGAUGCAGAGCCUUUCGACCUCGACGCACCAAUGAUUGAUGAGCCUCAACCCUUCAGCGACCAAAAUAUGAUAGAUGACAACCAGCUGCCCAGAGAUGACGGCAUCGAAGACAUCUCGGACAUUGAAGAUUCACGACCACACAUUGCACAAGCAGGACGUGCCAAUGCACGCCCAGCAAGUUUGGCGUUUGAGCCAGCUCUCGAACAAAACAGCCCCUCGCAACCCCAUACGGACGACGUCGGCUCAAUUGAAGGACCAGGCGUGGACAAUUCGUCGCUACAAGCAAAGAUUCUCCAGGCAUUCCAACGAGCCAAAGACGCUUCACAACGGAGACCAAAAGCGCUGAAGCACACAAAGCGGGCAUUUGUCGCGCUUAUCUUUCUGGCGUCACGCUCCAACGACAACCAUCUCCAUCUCAAGGUCACGAGCAUGCGCAACUACUCGGACGUCAAAAUUCAACUUGGCCAUGACGAAGCCUCGGCAGUUACAGAGAGUUCGGUUUCCGAGCCACCCGAGAACGAGCCCCUCAAUGAAUUUGUCCAGAUCAGCCGCACGGUGACGACCAACGCCGAGUCUUACCGAACCUUGGAGAUUCUGAACCGAAAUGCUGUUGUCAAGCUCCGCGACCAAGCCAAGCUGAUCGAACGCCUCAAGAGCGAGAAAGUUGCCUUAGAAGAACGCGUUCGGAGCCUUCAGCAAGACGUCCAGCUCAAGCAGCAGAUGGGGCACAGCAUUGCGCUCGCAAAGCGUGGGCCUGAGCGUAACUUGCCACAGCUCGACACGGGUCGAAACGAAGGCAUCUCCAUCCCUCGCUCGCCAGCACGACCACAUUCAACACCCGCGUCCAGUCCGCGAGGCGCCUCUCCACGUGCCGUCAUGUCGCCUGAUCGCAGUGCAGCGAUGACACCCACGGAACUUCGGGAAGUGCAAGGUUUGCGUUUAAAAGUGCACCAUCUCGAAAUCGAGAAGAAGAAACGCAACGACGAGUUUACCGCGCAGACUAAAAUCUACGCUCGAAAGGUGCAAAAGCUCGAACAAGAGCUCGCAGAGCUUGACACCCGUUUACGCGAGCGCGACACGCAGAUUCGAAUGCUCGAAAUACGAGCGCAGCACCAAAGCCAAGAGCUACAUGGCAACCUCGUGUCGCCACGUAUGCUCACGGACGCGAUAUGGGGCAACGUCGUACCGCUAAAGACGCAUGUCGAGCCCGUGCAUACAAAGUCCGAUGUUGGUGCAGCAUUUGACGAGCUCUUGACAAGCAAACUCCUCGACACGCUGCAAAAUCUGCCGGGGCACUACACGAACCAAUGGCUUCAUGAAGUCAAGGAAACCGCAACAAAGCUAGCGGUUGUUCACGCAGGGUUCAAAGCUCUCGCCGGGUCUUUCCAACGUGCAGCAGCGAGCACGAGCUUGUACGACCUCGUGCAGCUCAUGUCCACCGAAGCGCUCGCGCUCGUUGGCGCCGAAGAGGCAUUCGUGUUUGUCGUCGAUCAAUUCCAGAAGAACGAACUGUGGUGUCGCAGCAUGCGCGGUGACGGGGAGCUCGUGACGUCGCGCUUCCAGAUCCCGCCCGUGUCUGUCGCGCUGCAAUCGUCCUACAGCGAAUACAUGGCACAUCAACCUGCAAAGCACACGCACCACAAGUCGACCACGCCCGCGAUACCAGGACGUACCGAGUACCACCGUGCUGAAGCGUUCGUUGGCGCAUCUGUGCCCGCGGUCGUACUUCCACACGCUUUGCUACAUACAGCGCCGGGUUUUGCGCCUUAUGCGUAUCACACGCGCGAGACGCUCAACAUUCCUGGCUGCAAGAUCGCGUCGCAUCCACUCUACUCGGGCGACUCGACAAGCACGGACCGGCUCAUCGCACUAAAGAGCUCGGCGACGCUGCUACUGCCCAUCUGCAGCUCCGACAGUUUGGAGCCGAUUGCGAUUUUGCAGGUGUGCGGGAAAACCCAAACGUUUCGUGGCAUGGGCAUCGAGGUCGAGGUUGAGAACUGCCGCCCCUUCUCACACGAAGACCAGCUGCUACUCGCUGCCUUUGCCAACUUUUGCGGUGGAAUGCUAAAGAAAGUGAUGAGCUUUGCCGAGCUCGAGACCAACCGCCGCAGCGAAUACGAGCUCUUGAGCUUGUCGCGACAAAUCUUCACGUGCCUCGACUUCAAGAAGCUCUCAAUGCUCGUUAUGAAAUCGACCAAAGAACUUCUCGACACGGAUCGCUGCACGCUGUUUGUCACAAAGAUGACGUCGCCGACAGAGACGGUGCUGAGUGCAUGGCAGUCAGACAUGGGCACCGGCAGCAUCGAUUUUCACAAAGGCACGGAAAUCGUAGUUCGACAUGGCGAAGGCAUUGCUGGGGCGUGCGCCGAGCUGCGUUCGCUCGUGAACGUUCCCGAUGCCUACGAGGACAAGCGCUUCAACCGCGCCUAUGACGAAAAAACAAAGUACCGCACCAAGAGCAUCCUUGCCGCCCCCAUAAUGAGCUCCAAGUCAACGCUUCUCGGCGUCAUCCAAAUGAUCAACAAGUCGGGCGGGACGCCAUUCCGUGCCAAAGACGAAGAGCACCUUGUCGUCGUCGCACAGCUCAUUGCCCUCGCCAUGGAGAACAGCAAUCUCUUCCAGAAGACGCAGGACGUGAGCCGAUGCAUCGGCACGUACAUUCGGCACUUGCAUCUGAACGAAGCGCUGCUCAACCUGAGCGCUGCUGCCGAAGACAUUGUCGGCGUCCAAGGCGCGACCAUCUACCUUGUCGAUGAGCGUACGAACGAGCUCUUUACGUUUCACAAAGUCCGCAAGACGCGCAUCGACAUUCGUCCGUCGAGCUACAAGGGCAGCAUCAUGGAAGAGGCCAUGACCAAGCGCACAGUUGUCAUUGUCAACAACACAGGCAUGUGUCUCCAUUACAACCCUGCCGUCGACGCCAUCAACGGCAUUGCGGCCCACCAAAUCAUGUUUGUGCCCCUCUUCCAGUACGGGAAGAACCACUUCCAAGACAAGAUAUUUAUCGGUCUCGUGCACUUGAUCAACCGGAAGGGCACUGUGCACGACUUUGACGAAGACGACUCACUCGUGGCCAUUGUUGCCAACCAAGCGGCGGGCAUCCUCACGAGCAUCAUGGAGCGACAGAACAAUCUGCAACUGCACGAAGAUACCAAGCUUUUGCUGGAGACGUGCAUGUCGUUCUACAAGGAGCUCAAUCCGCUUGGCGUCAUGAACGCCGUCUACAAUGCUGCGACGGCCACGUUUUCGAUUGAGCAAGGUCAUUUGUGGCUCCUGAACGAAGACAAGUCGAGCCUAUGGACGCCCAAGCUCUUGCCGCCCGAGGAGCUUCAGUUUGCCAACCCAUCGCUCCUUCGUCGGUUCUCGGUUUCGACAAGCGACCGUCUCGAAGUGCCUUGCAUCGAAGGUCUUCUCAAGCGCGUGGUGCAAGAAGGCCGCAUGAUCUGCGUGCGCCGAUGGGACCUCAUCGGGGAAGCCAACCACAUUGAAGGGGUCCAGCGGAUCACAGCCACGGACCGAGCGGCCGGUUUUACCGACUUUGCCGUCACCGCCGCGCCAGUAUGGGACUCAUUUGGAAUUGAAAUACUCGGGGUACUCAUGCUCUUGUAUCCUCGCGGCCGCAGCUUGCACCGUCUGGAGCUAUCCAAGAUUCCAAUCUUCACACGCCAGAUCACUGGGGCGCUCAUGGUGUGUCGUGAAGUGUCGCGCCACCUCCAUCACGUGCGGCGAUUGGAGUCCAUGCUGCGGGGCUAUGGCCACGGCGACUUUCCGCCACCCAACUGCUACUCGUCACUUCCUGGAAGUCCUGCGCAUGUGGCCGCGCACGUCUUUUCGCUCGCCAUCGAGAUUGACGCCCACGGCUGGCUCAAGACGCAAACGUAUCCGAUCAAUCUCUUUAGCAAAACGUUCUCGCUCAAGUCGCGCACCGAGCUGCUCCGACUGCCUAUGGACUCAAUCGGCAAUCGGCACGUGAUGCAAGUGACCAACAGCCCUCGCGCCGUCUUUGCAAAGGAGCACUUUGACAAAUGGGUCGGGCAUGAGAUUGCCUUUGGCGACUGGGAAAAGGUCAAGUAUGACAUUCACAACGCGUUGAGUCGAAAGGAGACGCUGAGCGCCUAUUAUGGCAGCUCGCGAAGCGGCCGUAAAGUUACGUUGGCACCGCUCUCGACGUCGCUCCCGACGCCGCGCUUGGGCGACGAGGACGGACGACCGCUUUGGGAUCUCUCGGACCACAUUCGGCACGAAGUCGCGUCGUUCCUAUGGCUCUUUUGCACCAAGGACCUCCGUAUCGAGUGGUCACAAGUGUUUGCCCUCUUUAUGCCAUACGACAAAGAAGUCACAGGCACGGUCGAGCCGCUCCAUUUCGAGCACGUGCUGAAAGCCUGUGGCGUGCAUCUCAACCACCAUGAGCACGACGCCCUCGGCAAGAUGUUUGCCGUCUACGCCAAGCCCGAGAAAGGCCAGCUGGUCGAUAUGGACGGCGCGUACGUCAUCCUGUACAGAGAAUUGUUCCAGUCCUUGGCGCCCAGCUUUAUCAAGCACACGCAGUUUGACUACGAAAUUUUUCCGACGCUCAACGCGACGACGCACGCGGUAUCUAGCAUCCAACUCAUCUUGUCGCCGACGGGCGCCGAAUUUACGACCAUCUCGACGCUUUAAUGCACCAUCGUGUUGAUAUUGA